UGAGAACGAGGCCAUUAGCUCGACUUAAGAAGUUCAUUACGACCGCUGUUCAUGUUAUACAAAAAGUAGGCUUUUUAGAGCGUUAUUGUAAAUCUAAGAUUAUGUGCGAACGAUAGAAAGGUAGACGUCCGUUAGUGAAACAUUUUAAUCCAUACAAUGGAGUUUGAAGAACGUGAGCUUGAACGAUUGGAGAAGGAGAAGAAGAAGGCUCAGAGAAAGAACAACCUGAAGGAGGUAGCACAGCUGUGCAAUGUCAUAGGAGAACUCAAAGCUAAAUUUGGCCGAUUUGAAGAUGCCAUUGAAGACCACCAGAUGGAGCUGCAUCUGAGUGAGGCACUGGAUGAUAGCAUGGGAACAGCCAUAGCUAAUAGGAAGAUAGGAGAGUGUUACUGUGAGCUUGGAAAGUUUGACCUGGCGUUGAAGCACCAGCAUCGCCAUUUAGAGUUAGCAGAGAGCGAACACAGUGACAUAGAACAACAGCGGGCGUGGGCUACCAUAGGGCGCACCUAUCUUUAUCAGGCCGAGGCAAUCAAGACACCAGGGGGAGCUGAGGCAGUGCUGCGCAAGGGCGAGGAUGCUUUCAUGAAAAGCUUAGAAGUUUGCGAGAGGCUGAAGAGGUCAAUCAAGAAUGAAGAGUAUAUGGAGAUGAAGGCUAGGCUGUUCUUAAACUUAGGUUUGGUAUAUGACAACAAGAGGGAUGAAAAGCAGUGCACUGAAUACAUGAAACGUGCUAUCAUGAUUGCAGAGAAGCACAAUCUGGCAGAAGAUCUGUACAGGUGUCAGUUCUGCCUGUCUGGUAUCUACCAGAGGAAUGGGAAACCAAGCCAAGCUCUCAGGUUCUUAGAGGAAGCUCUGAAAUGUGCACGGAAGAUGAAAGACAAGGUGCUGGAGAGUGAGGUGCUGGUCAGCAAGGCACAGGUGUUCACCCUGCUGGGAGAUUUCCCUGCAGCCAAGAGGUGUGUCAGGAAAGCAUACAAGAUAGGGUCACCCAUAGAGGAGGAAAAACUGAAGAUGAAGAAACACCUGAUUUCAGUGGUCACCUUGUGUAAGAGCCAGGAAAACCUGGAGGCACUCGCAGAUGGAGACGAGGAAGAAAAGUUGAAGCUGUAUGAGAAAAUGGGAGAUGCGGCAGCCAAUAUAGAAAACUAUAAGCUUGCUCUCAAGUUUUAUCAAAAGAUGCUUCAGACCUCAGAGGCCCUAGGGAAGCCUGCCAAGGAUAUGAUUCCUAUUUACAUCUCCAUGGCACAGACAUAUGCUGAUGACAAACAGCACAAGAAUGCCAUAGCUUUUUACUUCAAGGAGUUGGAGUGUAGGAAGGGGGAACAUGAGCAGGAAUGUCGCACUUGGUUGAACAUAGCUGAAGCACAAGAACUUUUGAACGAGGACUAUGACAUCAUCAGCCAAUCCUACCUGGCAGCUUUCAACUCGGCCAAGAAGGCAAAACACAAGAAGUUACAGGUGCACAGCUUGCGGUCACUGUCCAUCGUCCAGCAGAACUUCGGCCAGACCACUGACCAUCAGCAGACCCUCAGCAAGCUGCAGUCAUUGAAGCAGAAAUACAAUUUAGGCUCUGAGGAUGAGGAGGAGAGUGAGGAGGAGGAGGGAGAGAGUCAGGAGACUGGGAGGGAUGAGGAAGAGGACAUCAACUGGGAUGACUUGACAGAUUCUGAUGAUUCAGAAGAUGAAGAAAGCAGUAGCACAACAACUAGAAGAGUUAGCAAAACAAGAAGAAUCACCAAACCCAAGGUGAAUGAGAAAGGGGAGACACCUCUUCAUAGAGCAUGUAUUGAGGGGAACCUAAACAGAGUGAAGAAAUUACUGGAAGAGGGUCACCCUGUGAACCCUAGGGACUACUGUGGCUGGCUUCCACUGCAUGAGGCCUGCAACCAUGACUAUGUGGAGAUAGUGGAGUGCCUGUUAGACCAUGGGGCCAGAAUUGAUGACCGCGGAGGUGAGCACUGUGGCGGUAUCACACCAAUACAUGAUGCUGCAAACUGUGGGAAUGUAGCUGUAGUCCGACUGCUCAUUGAGAGGGGGGCCAACAUACAGGCCAAAGAUGAUGAUGGCAACACUCCCUUAGCCAGCCUAUCAGAGUACAGACGUAGAGCUGGUGCGGAACUUGAUGCACAGACAAUUGCCGAAAUCAAAAAUUUAGAGAAAGAUUUAAAGAACAGAGCUGGAGGUAUGGGCAACACUCCCUUAGCCAGCCUAUCAGAGUACAGACGUAGAGCUGGUGCGGAACUUGAUGCACAGACAAUUGCCGAAAUCAAAAAUUUGGAGAAAGAUUUAAAGAACAGAGCUGGAGGUCAGUUUACCCGGUCCAGACCUCCCUCGGAUGUCAACAGAAGACUGCAGCAGACAAGCAGAGGACCAGGGAGCGACAGUGAAGAUGAUCUGCCAGACCUGCCUCUCAGGAAAAAAAGGACAAGGAGAACCACUGGUGAUCACAGUAGAAGAGCACAAGAAGAUGACUUGAGGUCUUGUAGUCAGAGAAGUGGACAGUCUGAUGGAUCAGAUGUCAAUUUGCUUGACCUUAGUCCAGACAGAAAGUCAGAUUUGGAAAACAUGGAAGAAAGUGAAGAAGUGUUCCCUUUCUCUGAUGUCCAAACUGUGGCUCCAAUAGAAUCAGCAGAGGCUGCUAGAACUGCCUAUCAGAAUGCUAUCUCUGGUGUGGGAAGUUCUGCUGUGAGAAACCAGAUACAGACAACACAGAGAGAGCCAUCCCAUAAUAGUCACAGCACAACUCCUGCUUUGCUCGCAGAAAAUGAAUUUGUGGAUGAUGAUUGGUUGAUUGAUGACAUGAGACCCUCAAAGAAAAUGAGGAUUGAUACAAACAGCUUCUGUACAGGAACUAGGAUGAGAAAUAAUGAGAAAAGAAAAUAUGAUGGUAGUCAUGACGGAUAUGAAAGAAAUAAGCGUUUACAUAAAGACAAAGGAGAGAUCAACACCCAAAUCUUGGUUGACAUUGACAGUUUUGGUGAGGACAGUGAGAAUUCUUCAAACUGUGAUACUCUCCCUUUACCUAACUUUCAAGGUUCUGAUAUGGAAAAUGACAUGGGAUUGGGGAGUUUAGCAGAUCUGGACGAGUUCGACCCAGGAGGCAGAACAAGCACCCAGCGCCCUGUGAGAACUCAGAGCAAAUCUAAAAGAACAAGGCAGUUAAAACUGACCAGUUAUGGUCUGGGGCAAGGAGACAGAAGACAUUCCAACCAAGGUACUAGCAGACAAUCGGGUUUAUCUAGUAACCAUGGUAACCAAAGGGCAUCUAGUUACCAUAGUAACGAAAAUGUUUCAGAGCUGAAUUCAUCACUGGUAAGAGCACAGGAGGUGUUCCUAAAUAACAGCGGGAUCCAGUUGACGCCCACGCCAGUCAAUUUACCAGCACAGCCAGUAAUGAGGGUCAAGGUGAAGGUUGAGGAGAAAAUGCUGCUGAUCCCUGUUACCGAAAGGGAUAGCAGUAAGACUAUGAGCUGGUUAGCCAGAGAGGUUUCCCAGCGGUACUACACCCUGUGUGGACUGCGACCCAUUGUCCAACUGGGGACCAGCGACGGAGCCCUGUUCUCUCCCGAAGAUUCCAUCAGCCUGGUGUUGUCCAAUGGGGAGAUGAUCGAAGCUAUCAGGGUCACAUGGGACAUGCCCCCACUCACGGAGAGAUACACCCAGGCCUGCCAGGCACUUGGAGCAACUCCCUACAGGAACGUGAAGACCAUUCUCCAGCAGUGUCAGGACAGCAAUAUCCUCCAGUUGAAGAACUUGGCACUGAGAGGUGCCCAGCUACACCCUGUGUUCCGGGCUAUACAGUGCCACACUGCCCUUAAAGAGCUGCAGUUGGCAGGAAACAAACUCAAUGACUCCAGUGUUCAGCAGAUGAUGGAGGUGGCCAUUACACUACCCAGCCUCACCUUGCUAGACCUGGCAGCCAAUCAGAUCACCUCUAAUGGGGUCAAGGUCAUGGCAGAGACCCUGGAGAGGACAGGAGCAGACAAUCAAGACAAGCCCCUUCAGCAGCUGCAGACUUUAAAUCUCAGCUACAACUCCCUCACUGACGUCUGCAUGCUGUCUUUGUGUGGAAUUGUGGGUAAUCUACCCCAGUUGAUGGUUCUCAGUUUAGCGUCAUGUGACCUCACCAUGAAGAUGUUCCAGCAACACAGGUUGGCUUUUGCUGGAGCUUUGCAAGCCAGCAGUCUCCAGAGGCUGGACAUAUCCCAGAACCGACUGGAGUCCACUGGCGUGGAACUGCUGCUGAUGUGUCUGCCUUGGGAGAAGGUGGUCAGUUUGAGCCUGGACGGCACUGUGCAUUCGCAUGUAGCUAACCACCUUACCAAACAUGUGGAGAAGUACCUGGGGCAGCCCCACUGCGUACUCCAGGAGCUGACACUGAACAACUGUCACAUCACUGAGGAGGCUAUGGAAGAACUGGACAGGGCACUAUUACACAGCAGAACCUUGACAACCCUCUCUCUCGAUUGCAAUCCGCACAUCACCAACCAAGACAUCACGAGACUCCUGACCUCAGCAGCAAACAACUCUAAUGGCUGCCUGCAGAGGCUCUCCGCCUCAGGGUGCGGUGUACACUCCCCGCUGGAUGUGGACUUCCUGGACGCCAUUAGCGAUAAACUAAAUCAUACCAGUCCCCUGACUGAACUCACGUUUAGCUGUGCUGGUGUGAAUAAGGUUGAUGUGGAGAGUCUUAGACAGGUGUGGCAGGGGGGCUGGGGAGAGAGAGGGAGGUGUGGGGUACAGGGGGACCUGGUGAAGUUGCACGUAGGGGAGGAUCGAAUUGUGCUAAAUUAGGUCAAGGACACUGGAAUAUGGUGGAUGAGAUUUUUCUGACUAUUGGCGGAAUUUCAACUCUUUUGCUGAUGUUGGUGCUUACAACAGUAAUUAGAUUUUGACCAACUAUCAGUGGAUUUAUGACAUUUUGGAACCAAAAGUUCUCCUCCCUGGAAUGUUUGCAUUCCAAAGUAUCAUUUUUGUAUCAAUUUGUAUUUCGGUAAAUGUUGAUUUUUUGUAUCACUGGCACUGUGAUUUACUUGUUUUGAAUAUUUUGAAUGGCAUUCCUGCUUAUAGUAAUAUAAUUCAUUUUUUGAAGUGGAUCCAGUCUUAUAUAGCCAAUUAAAAUAACAGAUGGUAGUGCCAGAGCAUUCCUUGUGUGAGAAUGAGUGUGAAAUUACUUAACAUUUCUCUGAUUAUAAAUCAACAUCAUUAUACCGUCAACAUCAUUAUACCGUUAAUUAAGAAGUGUACACAAUACUUACUUGUAUAGAGGGGGUAUUUAUUAAAUUUAAUGUAUUGUUUUCACAAUUGUGAUAUGUAUGAAAGGGAAGACGUAAAUUAUGUUACCAAACAGCUUGCUGUAAAUAUUGUUUCAACAGCUUGGUCUGUUAUCAAGAAAAA